GGCUUUCUGCACGCUCCGUGAACCAGGCAUGCGCACUCCCUCCUUACCAUCCACCCCGCCAACCACGCCCCCGGGGGGCCCGACCUUCCCCACCCAACCUCGGCCGGGGCUGCCUAGACAGAGCUAAUUCCCGGGUUCUGUAAGAGGAAACAGAAAGGAGGAGCCUGUGGAGGGCGGGGCCUCAGGGCCGGAAGGGGCUGCGGUUGCCUAGGGGACGCCUACGGUGCGGCAAGCUCCUAGGCUAGCUCCCUGCAGGCUUUGUGGGCGCUUCGGCUUUCCCGAUCCUCUUGACUUGGGUGGAUGAAUCCCUCCUGCUGGUUUGUAAAAAUUUGAAUCAUCAUUAUGGGAUUGCUGGACAAGCUGUCAGGCUUGCUUGGCCUGAAGAAGAAGGAAGUUCAUGUUCUGUGCCUUGGGCUGGAUAACAGUGGCAAAACAACCAUCAUUAACAAACUCAAACCUUCGAAUGCUCAAACUCAAGACAUAGUUCCAACAAUAGGAUUCAGUAUAGAGAAAUUCAAGACAUCCAGUAUGUCUUUCACAGUAUUUGACAUGUCAGGUCAAGGGAGAUAUAGAAACCUAUGGGAACAUUAUUACAAAGAAGGCCAGGCCAUUAUUUUUGUCAUCGAUAGUAGUGACAGAUUAAGAAUGGUUGUAGCCAAAGAAGAACUUGACAUUCUCCUGAAUCAUCCAGAUAUUAAGCACCGCCGAAUACCAAUUUUAUUCUUUGCUAACAAAAUGGAUCUCAGGGAUGCAGUAACAUCUGUAAAAGUGUCUCAGUUGCUGUCUUUAGAGAACAUCAAAGAUAAACCAUGGCAUAUUUGUGCUAGUGAUGCCAUUAAGGGAGAAGGGUUACAAGAAGGUGUAGACUGGCUACAAGAAAAAACUACAGAAUCAGAUCCAAGCGGUGAAGAUAUGAAAAGAUAAUGAUUAUAAGAUAUGAUGAUGUUCGUAAACUUCAGCAGUUGUUUCAUUUUGAGGCAUGAUUUCUUAAAGCACACUUUGUUAUUUAUGUUUUUAUUUUACACACUGGCUUUGCCUGUGUGUGUGUGUUUAAUAACAUGCAUUAUUCUGUUUGCCUUUAUGGACUCAAGAAGAAUGAGCUUUUUAUUUUUUUAGCAAUAUAACUUCUCAGGUAUGCUGAGGCAAUGAGUUAUAUUCAGACCAAAUCAUCCCUUAGCAGGGACACUAGAAUAAUCAGUCCAUUAAAUGUUUGCAUUCAAUUUUAAUCACUUUUUGGCAUUUUAGUAUACCUAAAAGUAAAAUAUAUGCCAUCUCUACGUGCUGGCUCAAUCUUUUUUUUAAAGUAUCUUUUAUUUUAAAAGAGGUCUCAUUUUUUGUAAUUUAGUACAUGAUGAAACUUUAUGAAUUCUGUUUUUCAGGACUACAGAUGCUCAUAAGGGAUUCUGAUUAUUAGUAUGAAUUGAACUUGUUACUAAGUAUAACAUGUUAUCAUUAAUAAAAUAUGAAAUGAAUGUAUCAACUACUGUGUGUUUGUUUAGGCUGAAAAGCAUGUUGCUCUUUUUAAGAUGGCACCAGAUAACAGCUUGUAUAUUUUAUUGUCAUUUGAAAAGAAGCUAAUAUUUCAAAGAAAAUGUUAUUUAUCUUAAUAUAGUAUGUGGCUUCAUCUCUUUGGCUAAGUAGACAAUUUAAUUUCUGUUCUAGAUUGAAAAAUAUGAUUGUAAGUUAUUUCGUUCCUUGUCUGGCUUUAUGGUUGACUCUGUGUGUCUAAAGACUUUAGUUCUCACCACUGCACUACCACACUGCCUCCUCUUUUGUCACAGAGCUUUUUUAUAAUAGACAAUUAUGAAUCACAAAACUGUAUUGCUUAACUAAGGAAAAUGCAGUAUAUAUACACUUCAGAAUUCUUAUACUUUUGAUUUGAAGAUGCAUGCAAAACAUAAAUCAAAUAUACAAAUUCUCAUAUUUUUGUCACUGAUUUCUCUUCAGUAAACACAUUGACUAAAGCCACUGAAAACACCUUUCACCUGGGAAAUUACACAGCAACUUGUUCACUGAGGAAAUAUAUUUUUAAGGGGGAAAAAUAAUUUUUUUUGCAAGGAAAUGGCCUCAGGUCUGAAGACAUAUUUAUAAAGGAAUUACAUAUGACUGUGUUUAACCUUAUUAAGUGCCCUGAGUUGAGAAAAUAGAAAAACUGAAAAGGAAACCAGAAAAUGUCUAAUAAAGAUAUCAUACAAUGAACUGGAAUCAUGAAAUAGCUUCCUUUGUCUACAGAGACUUUAAAUAAACAACAAUUUCAAAACUAUUAUUAAAUUGUUGAAGUCUUUUCACUAGAGAAAGCAAAUGAGUUUUGAAAAUACGACAGAGCAAUAUUUUCUAAGACUAGCUGACAAAUGUGU